AUGUCGGCCCGGCGCCCCUCCCGACGGUGGGACAUCAACUCGACAUGGGCCCACCAGGGAAGAGCAGCUUUCCACCAUGGCCAAGCCGACGGCCAGGCUGGAGAAACUGGGCUGAGCCAUGCUUCCGGCCUCCGAAGACCCCCAAAAAGGAGAAGAGAUGUCGAUUUGUACCAGUUGAGCGCCGAAGUUCGGGCCUUCGGACGGCGCUUCUUUUGGCAGGCCAGCGUGGACCUUCUCCGGGUUCUGGAAGAUGCAACGGUAGAGUCGGACUCGGUGGUGUGCUCUCUGGAGCUCGCAGCUUUAGGCUGGGCCCGGCAGUGGGACCGUGGCAUUCACCUUCUGAAUGAGCUUCCGAAGACCCUCGUGGAUACGCCGUGCUGCAAUGCCGCGGCGAGUGCAUGUAGUACGGCCUCUGUUUGGAUCACAGCCUUCCAAGUAGUGGAGGACCUUUCCUGGAGGGCCCUCCUCCCGACGACAGUAUCGGUGAACAGCCUUUCUGCCUCCUUUAAGGAUAGCACAAACUGGAUGCCGGCACUGGGGCUGCUGUCCUACCUCUCAAAGCACCGAUGCUCAGCCGACACAGAGACCAUCGCCGGCACGAUCGAGUCGUGCAGGGAAGGUGGGAAUUGGGAAGUUUCCCAGCAGCUGCUUGAAGAGGCGGCUGCCCGGCUCCUGGAGACGGGUCGCCGUCACCUCGAGGGAGUAAUGUUUGCUGUGAGCGCAAGCUGGGCUCGGACCAUGUCUCUUCUGUCUCAAGCGAAGCAGCGCUGCUGUGCAGACUCGAGCCUCUACCGUCAGGGCAUCUCCGCUUGCUUGAGCUGUCGAUGUGUCGGGCAGGCGCUGCAGGUUCUCCGGUCCUGCAAGGCAGACGACGUCCAACCGACCACAGCAAUGCGCGGGGCCAUUCUCGCAGCCUGCAGAAAAGAGUCCAAGUGGCACGCAGCCUUGUCAGUCCUGGAGGAUGAAUUUUUUCACGGCACCUUCAUGACUGGAGCCGUUGACGGCAGCAUGUGCUGCUCGGCGAUUGCAGCAUGUAGCGCACAAACUCAAUGGACCUGGGCCAUUCGGAUCUUUUGCCAUGCGCUUCCAUGUCCUAGUUUGAUCCCCAUCGGUGCCUCGAUCAGUUCUUUGGGACAUGCAGCACGAUGGGCACAGGGUCUGUGCAUCUUGCGGACUAUCGACUCCUGCCGGAUGCCCUGGGAUGCUUCGAGUUGGGACACCUGCCUCAGCCUCGGAGAUCGGGAUCGCUCUUGGCCAAGAGCUCUCACCCUGCUCGCCAGCGCCCAAAGCCGGCACUUGGAAGCGAGCGCUUGGAGCUACAGCUCCCUUGUGAGCCUAGCUGAGCAGGGCGAAGUAUGGACGAGGGCGGCGGGAUUUCUGGAAGACAUGCAGCAGAAGGGUGUGCCGCCACACGUGGCCGGGUGCAGUGCCGUGAUCGCCUCGGUGCAAGAGUUCCGACACUGGGAAUGGGCAGCACAGGUCUUAAGGUGGAUGAAUCAGCAUCAGAUUGAGCCCAACAGCUACUGCUCCAAUGCCUUGGCCAGCGUCUGCGAGAAAGCGAAGGCUUGGAGACAGUCCGUGAGUAUUCUCUUUUCGGUGAGCUCAUGCGGCUUCUCCCUGGAUGCAUUUUCGCUGACAGCCGGUGUUGCUGCCUGCGAGAAGGCUGGUCGAUGGGAGCAGUGCCUCCGACUCCUGGAAGCCGGGCAGUCGCGGAGAGGCCGCAUUGCUUGA